GUCCUAGCGUGCUGUUCUAUCUAAUGUCGGUCAUCCCCUCCCUGUGGGUGCUGGAGUUUGACAUCAUGUACAAGCGGUUCAAAAGUCCCGACGAAUGCCCGAUGUUCUUCCCCACGGUCGCGGCGGACGACAAUAGCACGGUGGUUUCCACCACCAUACAAACUACUCAUGCACACACGGCCACAGUCACUCCCAACACCACAGCCAGCCAUGGACCGCCAUCGUUAUUCGAGGUCUUCCCGUUGGAUGACUCUGCCUGGGUGCUCGCCCUGCACCAGACCAUGCUGUGUAUAUUAAUCCUGGGCCGCUGGAUGCUGCCCAAGCCCGGGGACGUGUCUCGGGACCAACUGUCACAACUGCUGCUCGUGUACUUCGGCAUAGCUGCAGACAUCCUCGAGUUUCAGCUGGAGUCAGUGAAGGAGGACGCGGUGAAGUGUAACGAGGGGCUGAUCGUCAUGGUGAUGGUGUUCUGGACAUGGAGCCUGAUCCAGUUCACACUGGUUCUAACCGCAACCAAAACCGGACAGGUCGUGGAGGACACCAAACUGGACCGCAUCAACCUACACGGUUGCUGUGAGUCUGAGGUUUGGUCCAUCCUGGUGGCCAUGUUGAUGCAGGACCUGCCGUUCCUGGUGGUUCGACUGUUCCUGAUGAUCCAGUACAACUCCGUGCAUCAGAUGAUGAUCUUUUUCACCGCCAAGAACAUUCUGGUGCUGAUGUUGCAGACUUACCGCUGGUACGUGCUGAUGGCGGAGCGGCGGGCGGAGCGGCAGCAGUUGGAAGAUCAGGGCCGGAGACGUCAGGAAGGGAAGAGCGCCAGACCCUGGGAGACCAGGCGGGUCCACAACUGGAUAGACGACGCCUGCUGAGGGGACCCCAAAUCACCACCUCGCUAACAAUAUGGUGUAAAAAAUCUUAUUUGUAACAGCAUCGUGUGCUCUACCGACACAGUUGUAAGACAACGUUCGCCAAUUGAGGACGAUCCAGCUUUGUACUGUUUAGUACAAUGCAUGAGAUGUAACUUUUAACAAGUAAUGAUGAGCGAGCUGUUACUGAAUUUCUGGUUCUACUGUUAGAGCCGCCAUGGCGGAUUUUUUGGCUGGGCCUUUAUUUUGGCAUAUUUCCUCAGUGUACAGAGUCUCUGUUUGCGUUGGUAAGUUAACGUUAGUAGUUCUUUGAACAUAAUGCCAGUAGAGUGGCAGGAAGUCACCGAGUAGGAAAGUGACCGCUAAACUCAGACUUGCCGGAGCAGCAGGAAGUAGAGUUCAGAGGUGGAAGAACUAGUCUUUGAUUAGACAUGGCAGCCCAGGUCAUGGGUCAAUGGAUGAGGACUGAGAGGGAAGAUGACCGCAAUAUUCAGACUAGGCAGGAAGUGGUGUUCAGAGGUGGCAGAACUAGUCUUGAACUAGACAUCCACGUCAUGGGGUCAACGAGUGAGGACUUGUUCCUUGUCUGUCAGUGUUUUCGCAGCUAUGCAUUUUUCAUAUGUUAGUCACGUUGACUAUGAUGCGUGCGAAUGAUCCAUUGAUUUAGUCACGUUCACUAUAUUUUGUCAGGAAGUGACCAUUGAACACAUGCGAUGUUAAUCAAAGCCUUACUUGAACUGCAGUUUAAUGUACUUCACGUAUGGGUGAUAUUUGACCCAGCCAAGAAGCCUGCUAUGGAGGCUAUGCUGUUAGCAGUCUGCCCUUGCGACCUGCAUGAGAAGUACAAGACGUCAAAACGGAUCUUUCGUUUAGGGCAAUUGACACUGGACUAU